CCUGCCCCAUAAUAACAGUGCAGUAACUCUUGGGCUGUGCUUAUUGUUGUUUUUAUUGUUUUAAUCCUCAGAUGUCCUCACUGUGUGACAAUAGUCAUCCUAAACAGGAUGCACUACCCAAGGAAGAUGGUGUAAAAAAUGGUGACAUAGAUGUAGACUUUAGUCAGCUGAAACUCGAUGACAAAGACUGCAAAAAUUAUCAAGAAGUAAGUGAAGACUGGUUUGAUGCUAAAGAAAACCUGACAGGAGUUGACUUGUCAGUAAUACAAGAAAAUCAAAUAGAAAAAGACAAAGGGGAUCCAAAGUUUCCACAAG